AUGGCAUCUGAAAGUACUCAACAAGCCAACAAAGUUAAAGCAGAACGUAGGGCUUGGAGUGACGAAGAGUUCAGUACACUAUUAGAUUUAUUAGAAGAGGCAGUAGCCUUGAACAAAAGGGCUGAUGCUGGGCAAUUCAAAAGUGGUACUUUUAAAUGGUUAGAACAAAAGUUGGAGGCCAAGUUUCCAGAAGCAGGCAUAAAGGUGAAGCCACACAUUGAGUCGAUCAUGAGGAGGCUUAAAAUGAAGUAUGGUAACAUAUAUGACAUGUUGAACACAAGUGGUUUUGGAUGGGAUGAUGUUAACAAGAAGAUUCUAGUAGAUAGUGAUGAUAGAGAUGCAACCUUAAAGAACUAUAGGACCAAAGUGUUUCCACACUUUAAUCGAUUGAUGAUCAUCUUUGGAAAGGAUCGUGCUACUGGAAAAAAUGUUGAAGCUCCUACUGAUGUACUUGAGGACUUGGACGAAGAAGAACAAAAUCAUGGAAACAAUGGUACUACGAUUUUUCUAGAGGGAGCUAAUGUAUUUAGUGAUGAUGACAUCCAAGAUGUCACUUAA